CGCGGUCACCGAGCUGCCACCCGGCGCACGGGCCACCAGCGUCCCCCCGCCCGCGGAUGACGGCAGCGUCCUGCAGAGCUGUGCCACCUGGGAGAGCUGUGCCACCUGGGAGAGCCACAUCCAGACUGUCUUCAUGAGGGACAGCCCUGGAGCCCAGAGGGACGCACGGCGCACGGGAUGCUGAGUGUGGCCUAGUCCCCGAGCCCGGCAAGCUGUGAGAGCUGCAGGGAAGUCUGCGAGGGCUCUGCCACACCGUCCCUGAGCCAUGGUCUAGGAAGCGCUGGGACCAUGAAGGGCUUAGGAGACAACAGAAGCCGCCAUCUCUCCGAUAACCUGGACUCCCCUCAAGACUCUCUGUAUGCCCCCCAGGACAGGAACCCUUAUCUCCUCAGCCCCACCGACUCCUUCACCAUGGAUCCCCGAUUCCCAGCUCAGAACACCGUCCAUGGCGACUGUCUCCUUCCGCUCAACAACCAGAUCUCCAACAGCAGCACUUUCCCCCGCAUCCAUUACAACUCCCACUUUGAGGUCCCAGAUGACAACCCUUUUCCGAGCCACGCCCAAGCCACAAAGAUCAAUCGCUUGCCUGCCAACCUCCUCGACCAGUUUGAGAAGCAGCUGCCCAUCCACAGGGACGGCUUCAGCACCCUCCAGUUCCAGCGGAGCGACGCCAAGCACCGGAGCGAGAGCCCGGGGCGCAUCCGGCACCUCGUGCACUCCGUGCAGAAGCUCUUCGCCAAGUCCCAGUCCCUGGAGGGCCCCACCAAGGGCAACGUGAAUGGGAAGAAGGGGGCAGAUGACGCCAAGCAAAACCGGAGGAGCAAGAGCAAGGACCGGGCGAAGACCUCGGAGCCCAAGCGCAGGACCAGGUCCAACAUCUCCGGCUGGUGGAGCUCCGAUGACAACCUGGACAGCGACACCUGCAGCUACCGCAACCCCAUGGGGCUGAUGACGCUGGGCCGGCAGCCCGACCACAGCCAGCCAAAGUACUUCAUGCACGCCUACAACACCAUCAGUGAGCACAUGCUGAAAUCCUCCAAGAGCAAUAACGACCUCAAGGUCACCCCUUGCACCAAUAUCCCCAUCAACAACGACUCCAACUACAUCAAGCGGGGCUCCUGGUCCACGCUGACGCUCAGCCACGCCCGGGAGGUGUGCCAGAAGGCCUCCGCCACCAUCGACAAAGCCUUGCUCAAAUCCAAGUCCUGCCACCAGGACUUGGCCUACCACUACCUGCAGGAUGUGCCGGCGUGCCCGGUCAGCCCCGCUCUGCCCAGCUUCCCCGGAGCACUGGUGCCUCACGGGGAGUGGAACAACACGCUGUCCCGGGACAAGGACAGCGAGAUCCCGUGCCGGCGCAUGCGGAGCGGGAGUUACAUCAAAGCCAUGGGGGAUGAUGAUAGCGAAGACUCAGAAACCAGCCCCAAACCAUCCCCGAAAACUGCAGCUCGGAGGCAGAGUUACCUCAAGGCCACCCAACAGUCCCUGAGUGAGCAGAGCACCACACAAAGGAGCCUGGACCGCCUGGAUUCUGUCGAGAUCCUCCUACCUCCGAAGUUCCCGACCUGGGAGGAAGAAUAUAACCAGAUCUCUGACAGUGUCAACGAGUCCAGCUGCAUCAACCAGGCACCCGAGCCGGAGCUGGGGGAGCAGUACGAGCCCGUCUGCGACUCCACCUACAGCGAGGCCGAGUCGGCGGCUGCAGAGGUGCUGGACCUGCCUCUGCCCAGCUACUUCCGAUCCCGGAGCCACAGCUACCUCCGCGCCAUCCAGGCAGGCUGCUCCCAGGAAGACGACACGGGCUCCGUCCGCUCCAUCUCCCCGCCGCCCACGGGCAGCCUCAGCGGCAGCAGGACCUUGCCCACCAACAGCAGUUCAUCAUGCCUAGUGGCAUAUAAAAAGACUCCACCUCCUGUCCCACCUCGGACCACCUCCAAGCCGUUCAUCUCUGUCACUGUGCAGAGCAGCACUGAGUCGGCGCAGGACACCUACCUGGACAGCCAGGAUCACAAGAGUGAGGUCACCAGCCAGUCAGGGCUCAGCAAUUCCUCAGACAGCUUGGACAGCACCAGGACACCCAGCGUGACCAGAGGCAGCGUCGUGACUCCGGCCAGAGACACUCCAGAGUUACCUCAGAAAAAUGCAACUUUGAAAAGUGACAAAGGGACUCUGACUAACGAAGAGCCUAAAGUGGAGAAUAUCCCCAAAAGAAAGCUAUCGUCUAUAGGAAUACAAGUUGACUGCCUUCAGCCAGUGGCAAAAGAGGAGCCUCCUCCACCAGCCACCAAAUUCCAGUCCAUCGGGGUUCAGGUAGAGGACGAGUGGCGAAACAGCCACUCUCGCAGCAUGUCCUCCAAACAGGACACAGACUCUGACACGCAGGAGCCCAAUAACUCCAGCUGUAAAUCAUCUGAGAGAAGCCUCGCUGAGUGCCCCCAGCACAACAACUCUGUUGGUGUUGAUGCCUCCACCAGGCAACCAGCCAAGCCCUCACAGAUUAAGAGAAACGUCUCCUAUGGAGAAAACAACGACCCGGCCCUGGAGCCUUCUUCUCUCCCUCCUCCUGACCCCUGGCUUGAGAGCUCCUCUACGUCGCCGUCGGAGCCGGCACAGCCAGGGCCCUGCCGGCGGGACGGCUUCUGGUUCCUGAAGCUGCUGCAGGCAGAGACCGAGCGCCUGGAGGGCUGGUGCCGUCAGAUGGACCAGGAGACCAAAGAGAACAGUCUCUCUGAGGAAGUCUUAGGAAAAGUCUUGAGUGCAGUGGGCAGUGCACAGUUACUAAUGUCACAGAAGUUCCAGCAAUUCCACGGCCUCUGUGAACAAAACUUGAACCCUAAUGCAAAUCCCAGACCCACAGCCCAGGACUUGGCUGGAUUUUGGGAUCUCCUCCAGCUGUCCAUUGAAGACAUCAGCAUGAAGUUUGACGAGCUGUACCACCUCAAAGCUAAUAGCUGGCAAUUGGCAGAGACACCGGAGAGAAAGGAAGAGAAGAAACCACCCCCUCCAGUGCCAAAGAAGCCAGCCAAGUCCAAAUCACAGCUGGGCCGGGACAAAGGCGCCGACUCGGACAAGCAGCGGCAGGAGGCGCGGAAGCGGCUGAUGGCGGCCAAGCGCGCGGCGUCGGUGCGGCAGAAUUCGGCCACCGAGAGCGCCGACAGCAUCGAGAUCUACGUCCCCGAGGCCCAGACCCGCCUCUGAGCCCGGCCACGGCCAGCCCGCGGCUUUUAUAAGUCAUUAAAUGGGAAAAAAACGGUUCUCUCGAAA